AACCAAUUAAACCACUUCUUUCUAGACGACUUCGACUUUUGGUUUUCUUGAUUAAAAUAAAAUUGUAAUCGAUUUGUCUGUUUUUAAAAUCAAAAAAACUCCCUAAAAAAAGUUAAAAAUCACAUUUACUUAAUUUAUCUUUGAAUCGUAAAGAAAUUCCAUAAAAAUGUCUGAUUUCCGUUCAAGUUACCGAGAUGAUCAAAACAGUCGCUCGAAUUCUAAUUCCAACUCAAAUAAAAGAGACGAACCUCCAAUGUCUCGAUUGUUCAUUAUCGGCAACAAAGAAAACACCGAAGAUGAACUUCGCGAUGCCUUCUGCAGGUUCGGUGAAAUCGAAGACGUUUGGGUGGUAAAGGAUAAGAAGACUGGAGAUAACAAAGGUAUCGCUUAUGUUAAGUUCGCUAAGACCUCGGAAGCCGCUCAGGCCCAGGAGGAAAUGAAUGGCAAGCGUAUUGGUAAAUUGGAGCGACCAGUCAAAGUUAUUGUUGCAGCUAAUAAAAGUCAAGGCCGCACGGACAAUGAACCCGAUAGAUACGUUCGCUUGUUCAUAGUUGUCCCUAAGAACGCCACCGAGGAGGAUAUUCGUGCCGAAUUCGAGAAGUACGGUGAUGUGGCUUCUGUGUCAGUGAUGCAAGACCGUCAAACCGGAACUUCCAAAGGCUUUGCCUAUGUUCGAUAUGAUAGGUUCUAUCAUGCUGCUCUUGCUUUCGAAAAUUGCCCAGGCAAAUACAAAGCUGUCUUUGCUGAGCCCAAAUUAUCUCGCAAUCGAGAUAGUGGUCGCGAUGGACGUGAUGGCCAUCGUGAUGAGUCCUUCAAUCGAUACAACGAUUGGGGCAAUGGAAGCAGCAGUAAUAGCCAAAUUAACAAUUCCAGCAGUGAGAUGGCUACAUUUUUGAAGAUGCAGAACUCUGUUGACCAGAUGACAACUACUUUGGAUGUGAUUUGCAGCAGCAGCGUCAAUCAGGAUCAGUUGUGGCGCUUGUUUGAUAUUGUGCCGGGUUUGGACUAUUGUCAAAUUACCAGAGAGGAUGGACCAAGAACAAAUGAAGCGACAGUCGCAUAUAACACACCUGAAGCUGCUAUUUAUGCAAAGGAGAAAAUUCAUGGUCUCGAGUAUCCAGUUGGUGAGAGAAUGAUUGUAAAAUUCUCUGUCAUUAAUCCUCGUUUGGACAAUUCUAUGAUGGAUGUACCCAAUUCCCGUUCGGAACGUAACCAUAACGCAAUUUGUAGCGUAAACUUGCCGCCUGCAGCACCAAUGGCUUCCCCAGAUGCACAAGUUGCUCGCAGGCUUUUUAUUGUACUUUCAUCGAGCAUUCCACAAGCUAUUUUGAAGAACGUCUUCUCAUGUUUUGGAAGCCUCAUUGAUGUAUAUUUACUUCCAAAUCGUAACUGCGGAUAUGUGAAAUACGCUAGAGACGAAAGUGCCCAAAAUGCAAUUGACACAUUGAAUGGAGUUGAAAUCUGUAGUUCAAAAAUUAAGGUAAUGGACGCAGAGGAACCAAGCGAAAAUAAUCGCAAACGAGUUCGUCGUGUUUAAUAGUUCAAGGUAAGUUUUGAGAUGAUUUGAAAAGGAGUUCCUUUUCUGCUCUCUCUUCUUUUUUUGAGAUAAAAAUAAACAACAACUAAUAUAUGAAAAAGUCCGGUGGUAAGUACCAGUGAGAAAAAUUACGCACCAUGAUACAAAAAAAAAAAAACAAACGAAACGAAACUACCAAAGUUUAAGACUUUCGGCUUUGAAUCUUGUCUACACAAAAAUGUUAAGACGUUCUAAUAUUAUUCAUAAAUGUUUCUUUUUUUAUUAUUUUCCACAGACAGUAAUAUCCGAAAAAUACAAACGACGACAGAAUAUACAAGUGUUUAGUUUGACGUCAAAAUAACAAGAAAAUCAGAAACGAAAAUUAAAAAAAAAAAACGGAAAAACAACAACUCAACUGAAUAAAAAAGAACGACUCUGAAGACCAAGACCCAACCGACCGAGUGACCCAAACGACGACGCACUCGACUUCCAUGAAAUUAAUAAAAAUAAUUAGUUUACUCUUUUUAACUCCUAAUUGUUAAACAAAAAGAAACUGAAUGAGAAAAACAACAACAACAACAAGAACAACAUGAAAUUGAUGAAAAAACAUUUUUUAUACUUUACAAUAAUUUAUUUUAAAAAAAUAUUGAAAAUAUGAUAUUUCAAUGCAACUGAUGAAUAAUUUUUUACAAAAGAAAAUACAUUUAGACAUUUUAUCUAUUAAAUCCCACUGAAAACAGAGAAAACAAAAUAAAAAUUGUUCCAAAAAUUAUAUAAAUCCAAGUAUUAAACGAAAUGACAACCUAUACACGACCCGAGAACAUUGAAUCCAAUUAUUUUUUUUAGUGACUAUUCAAUUGAAAAUAAUAAUGACGGAGGAAUUGUUCGUAGAGAAACACAAAAAUAUUGUAUAACUUUUUAUCUGCAAUAAAUAAAGAAUUAAAGUACGUGACAUUA